AUCAAAUAUUCUCACUUUCUUCUCUCUCACAACAAAAUACACACACACUCACACACACACAGAAACACACAGUGCUAAUCGGGCAGCCACCAUGCCGUCGGUCCCCGGAAAACUCGUCUGCGUCACCGGCGCCGGUGGAUUCAUCGCUUCGUGGCUGGUGAAACAACUUCUCGAGAAGGGGUACACCGUCAGAGGCACCGUCAGAAAUCCAGAGGAUCCGAAAAAUUCGCAUUUGAGAGAGCUUGACGGAGCAGAAGAGAGGCUGAUUCUGUGCAAGGCUGAUCUGAACGAUUACGAGAGCUUACGCGCCGCCAUUAACGGCUGCGACGGCGUUUUUCAUACGGCGUCGCCCGUCACUGAUGAUCCGGAACAAAUGGUGGAGCCGGCGGUGAACGGUGCGCAAAAUGUGAUACGCGCGGCGGCGGAGACCAAGGUCCGCCGUGUGGUGUUAACUUCAUCGAUCGGUGCAGUUUACAUGGACCCUAAUAGACACCCUGACAAAGUUGUGGACGAGACUUGCUGGAGUGACCUUGAUUUCUGUAAAGCUACCAAGAAUUGGUAUUGCUAUGGGAAAGCUGUAGCUGAGAAAGCAGCAUGGGAUUCAGCCAAGGAGUUGGGUGUGGAUUUAGUGGUGCUCAAUCCUGUGUUGGUGCUAGGUCCAUUGCUCCAGCCCACAGUCAACGCUAGUGUUCUCCACAUACUGAAGUACUUGACCGGCUCGGCAAAGACUUAUGUCAACUCGGUCCAAGCCUACGUCCACGUCGAGGACGUUGCCACGGCCCACAUUCUCUUGUUCGAGAACCCGGCGGCAACGGGGCGGUUCCUCUGCGCCGAGAGCGUCCUCCACCGCGGCGACGUGGUGGAGAUUCUCUCCAAGUUCUUCCCGGAAUAUCCCAUUCCCACCAAGUGUUCGGAUGAAAAGAACCCAAGAAAGAAACCAUACAAAUUCUCCAACCAAAAGCUCAAGGACUUGGGUUUGGAGUUCACAUCAGUGAAGCAGUGUUUGUAUGAUACAGUGAAAAGCCUUCAGGAAAAAGGCCAUCUUCCAAUCCCAUCUCAAAAUGAGAAGCCCAUCACUAUUCAAUCUUAGCCGUUGAUAUCUAUUGUGGUUUUUCAGUAAUAAAGGCCAUUAGUUUUUGUGACCAUCUUUUAUAUGUAUAACUAAUAUUGUGAAGUUAAUUA